GCCCCAUGAAUUCCAUAAUAAAAAAUUUUCAACACUCACUAAACAGUUUAGCCAUGAAACUCGUUCUUCUUUCCAUGGAUGUCGUGUUUCAGUUAUGUUUGAUCAACAAAAAUUGAGAAGAAUCACAUGACAUUCAUGGACGUACAGAAAGCUACAAAAAUUAUCAAAAGGUACCUAAUAGAAAGAGGAACAAGUAGAGAUCAAUGAAGAAGGAUGUUGUGGUUUUGGCAGCAGUAACGACGGUUUCCACCAUCGUAGCGGCGGUGCUUUUGGUGAGGCAAUGGAGGCGACGUAGCGAGCAACGGUGGAGGCAUGCACAACGCAUCCUUCGAAAAUUCGCAAGAGAAUGUGCAACCCCUGUUCCUAAAUUAUGGCAAAUUGCUGAUGAUCUCGUUGCUCAGAUGCAAGCUGGUCUAAAUUCAACUCAAUCCACACUCCAAAUGCUUCCUUCUUGCUUACCUUCACUCCCUAAUGGUGAUGAGAAAGGUCUAUUCUAUGGGAUUAAUCUUCGAGGAACUAACUUCAUCGUCGUUCAAGCGCGACUUGGAGGAAGAAAUGCACCCAUGUCACGUAUUGGAGGAAGAUGUGAACCCAUUUCGGAUCUAUACAGACAAGAAAUUUCAAUUCCUCCCAACAUAAUAGAGGCCAGCUCCCAGGAAUUAUUUGAUUGGAUAACUGUGGAGCUUGGAAAAUUCAUCUCCCUGCAUAGUGAAGGUUUACAAGGAGGAGAGAAAAAUCUGGGAUUUACAGUAUCACCUACUAUUGCAGAAGUAGCUGCCUCCAGGGAAACAGCCAUUGCGUGGAAGGACUCAUUAUUAGGAGAUGCAGCAGGGAACAAGUUGUUGAAUGAAAUUAAUGUCGCCAUGGAGAAGCACAGUGUUGAUAAGCGAGUUUUUGCCCUGGUUGAUGAUACCAUUGGAGUUUUGGCUGGAGGAAGGUACUACAGUAAAGAGAGUGUGGCUGCAGUCACUCUAGGAAUGGGCACUAAUGCGGCUUAUGUAGAAUCAGCACAAUCCGUUGUAAAAUGGCCUGAUCAGACUCCAAAACCAGAAGAAAUAGCAAUUAAUACCCACUGGGGGAAUUUUAGAUCCUCCCAUCUUCCAAUUACAGAGUUUGAUACAUCGUUAGAUGCUGAAAGUUCAAAUCCUGGUAGCCAGAUAUUUGAGAAGCUUAUUUCAGGUACAUACUUAGGAGAAACUGUUAGAAGAAUCUUAUUAAAGAUGGCUCAGGAAUCAGCUUUAUUUGGAGAUACUGUACCACCUAAGCUAGCAAUUCCGUAUUCGUUGAGGUCCCCCGAUAUGGCUGCUAUGCAUCAAGACACAUCAGAGGAUUAUGAAAUAAUUGAUGAGAAACUUGGAGAAAUUUUUGAGAUAACUAACUCUACAACCAUGGCAAGAGAACUAGUUGCAGAGAUCUGUGAUGUUGUAGCAGAACGUGGAGCUCGCUUAGUUGGAGCUGGCAUCGUAGGGAUUGUAAAGAAACUAGACAGACUUUCUAAUAGGAUUAGCAUUAUUACUGUAGAAGGUGGUGUCUAUGAGCAUUAUCGUGUUUUCAGGAACUAUCUGCAUAGCAGCGUAUGGGAGAUGCUUGGCAAUGAAUUCUCUGACAAUGUGAUUAUUGAACAUUCUCAUGGUGGUUCUGGAGCCAGUUCCAUCUACAUUGCCGCUUCACAACCAUAAAUCUCUCAAAUUCUUAGUAACUUGAUUCUUUUAAGCCAGGAUAGAUAGUUACAUCAUUUGUAUUCUUUUACAUCCUGGAUCACAAGGAUUUAUAUUUCGUUUACUGCUUGUUUGCGUAAGCAACAAGUGGCAGAUUUACAUACAUAAUGUGUAAGAUUAGAUGUCAUAUUUCAUUGUGUGAUGAUUACCAAUUAUCUUGUUAACCACAUAAAUUAGUAGUCCUUCUACAGUAAGCUUUAA